AUGUCGAGACGGAUGCCCGUGUACUUGGGUCUCGCCGCAGCAGGCGCAGGCGGUUACUACCUGUAUAAGGCCGGUGGUGAUCCCCAAGCAGCAAAGCACCAGAUCAAGAUCGACGCUGAAAAGGCACGCGAGAAGAUCCCAGGCACAGAGAGCGCCGAGAAGUUCGGCAAGGACUUGGGCAAGGAAGCUGGUGCCAACGUCGAUGAUGCUAUCGCCAGAGCCCGCGCUGAGAGCAAGCGAAUCCCCGAGUUAGCUCAGGAAGGCAAAGAUAAGUUCGAGGAGCUCCGCGAUGAUGCGAAGAGCAGGUUCAAUGCCGGUGUGGAAAAGGUCAACAAUGGUGUCGAUCAGGUGGAUCGUGACAUUGAGCAGAAGGCCGCGGAAGCCAAGGGUGCCGUAUCUGGUUGGUUCGCUGGCAAGAAAUAA